UUAUUGUAGUGGAAACUUUGAGAUGUUAUUUUUGUGGUUACUCAGCUUCCACAGUAUGUUUUAAUGUGUGGUUUUGUAUGAAAAAAUGCAGUUGUGCCUACAACGCUGGUUUUUACUUGGCUUUACUCUAAAUAGAUCAGAUUCUUGUAUUUGAUCGAUAGAUUUCACCUUCUUACUAAGACUAUUUUGUGUUCCACCAGAUUAGUUCCCAUAUUUGGAAAAUGGUACGCUCUUUACGGAAGUGUCUGAAUGACUACCUAGCAGAGCGCCGGAUUCGCCGAACCCGUCUGGUGACCAAAGAUGGCCACUGCAAUAUUGAAUAUGGAAACAUUAAAUAUCAAAACCAGUUUGCCUACAUUCUCGACUUCUGGACAACGCUUGUGGAGAUCCGUUGGCGUUUCGUUAUCUUCUUCUUUGUGGCCUCUUUCACAAUGAGCUGGUUCAUCUUUGGUCUGAUAUGGUACUGGAUUGCUCGAGACAAUGGAGAUUUGUCCUGGCAGAACCCACCAGAGAACCACACACCAUGUGUGGACAACGUCAAUGGUCUGACCACGGCCUUUCUCUACUCACUUGAGACCCAAACGACUAUAGGGUACGGAGGACGUGCCAUCACUCCACUGUGUGCAGGAGCAGUUGCCUUAAUCAUCAUUCAGUCCCUUAUAGGUGCUCUUAUCAACUGCUUCUGGUGUGGUGUUGUCAUGACUAAGAUCUCCCUUCCCAAGAAGAGGGCCAAAACUAUUAGCUUCAGUGAAGCAGCUGUCAUUUGUCCUAGGAAUGGUACACUAUGUCUUCAAUUCCGUGUGGCUAAUCUCAGGAAGACACUCAUGAUCGGAAGCCAGAUUUAUGGCAAGUUGCUGCGUACAACCAUAACGCCUGAAGGUGAAGCCAUUAUUAUGGACCAGGUCAACAUAGAUUUCUUGGUUGAGUCUGGAAAGGACAACCUGUUUUUUAUCUGUCCCCUGACUCUGUAUCAUGUCAUUGACAAGUCCAGCCCAUUCUUUGAGAUGGCAGUGGACACCCUGCAUCAGCAAGAGUUUGAGCUGGUCGUCUUCUUGGACGGAACAGCAGAGUCUACAAGCUCCUCUUGCCAGGUCAGGACUUCAUACAUCCCACAGGAGAUCAUGUGGGGCUACAAGUUCCAAUCCAUCAUCUCCCGUAGAAAGGAAGGGAAGUAUCGUGUGAACUUCUCCAACUUUUCCAAGGUGGUACCCGUGCCAACUGCUCACUGUGCUUACUGCUUUCACAAUGAGAAAGGCCAUCAUCACCAUGUGAUUAAUGGAACUGACAACCAGGGAUUUGAAGUCAUAGACAUCAAUGACCCAGCCAGUGCCACCAAAAUGUAGACUAUACUACUGUACCGAAAAACAUGGACCUUUUGCUGACUACAAUCUGCUGCAUGUUAUGGUUGGAUAAUAUCUCUAAUGCAGUUGCAUCAAACACUCCGAUUUUAUGGAUCUUCAUCGCCCCUAAUUUGCCAGGGAAUAC